AUGACGAGUAGCUGGAGAAGAACGUUGGGCAACAUGAGGUCCUUCGUGAGCAAUUCGAUGGGUGGUCUCAGGGGCGGAAGUAACCUUGCUUCGUGGGUGGUCGCCGGAACCCUAGCCUACUUCCUCUGGAUCAAACCCUCACAAGACCUGAAGCGCCAACAACAGGAAAAAGCCGCUCUUGCUGCCCUCGAAACCAAUCCAGAUCGAUACGUUGAGACUCGAAAACCCAUUCCCGAUCCUCAGGUAACGGGUUUGAUAUACGGAAACAAAAACAAGGACAGAGCAAGCAAAGAAGAUGAUUAG